AUGUCGGCCAGCUCCUGGAUUGAACCUGGGCAUAUUGAUCCCUCCAUACCAUACUGGUCGCCAUUGCACCACUACUAUCAGACUCCUGGAACGAUAAUUCAAAAUGCGUCGAUUUGUACCCGCGGGGGGAAAGCUGUCCUCUCGAGGCAGUUCCGUGACAUGCCACGAUCGAGAAUAGAGGCACUCUUGGCGUCCCUCCCCAAGCUUGCCGAUAGCGGCACGCAGCAUACCACUGUUGAGCAAGACAAUGUGCGAUUCGUUUACCAGCCGUUGGACGAGCUCUACAUGGUGCUCAUCACCAACCGCCAAUCCAACAUCUUGCAAGACAUCGAUUCGCUCCACCUGUUUGCCCAAGUCGUCGCCAGCGCCUGCCGAACUCUGGACGAGAGGGAAAUUCUCCGAAAUGCAUAUGAAUUGCUUAGCGCUUUCGACGAGAUUGUUACCCUUGGUUACCGCGAUAACUUGACCGUUACCCAGAUCAGAACUUUCCUCGAGAUGGAGAGUCAUGAAGAGCGCGUCCAGGAAAUCAUUGCUAGGAACAAGGAGCUCGAAGCUACCGAAGAGCGCAAGCGCAAAGCCAAACAGCUCGAAAUGCAGCGCAAGGAUGCGGCUCGCCUCGGCGCCUCCCGCACCGGUGUCCCACGCACUCCCACGUAUCAAUCAUACCAAUCCCCCUCAUCGAGUGCCGUUAACCCCUACGACUCGUACGAGGCCGAGAAAAACAAGACAUACACGAAGGCGUCUGCACUUAAAGGCAAGGGCAUGCAACUUGGCAAGAAGUCCAAAACUACCGACAUGUUUGAGCGCGUGCGCGGCGAUAUGGGUGGUGAGAUAUAUGACACCCCUCUUGUAGCACCUACAGCUCCCGCUGCCUCUGCGCCAGCCGAAACCCAUGGCUCCUCCACCACCGAUCGUGACGCUGUCCACGUCACCAUCUCCGAGUAUAUCAAUACUCCACUGUCUCGCGACGGUAACCUCGGCAAACCUGAAAUUCUUGGUGACUUGACGUUGAAAGUGUCGGAUGCCAGUAUGACCAAGAUCAAGCUGGCUCUCCAGACAUCUCCCUCUGAAAAGGCUGAGUACAAAACACACCCCAAAAUCGACCGGCCCAUCUUCGACGACUCCAAGAUUCUUCAGAUGAAGAACACGGCGUCCGGGUUCCUUUUUAAUAAAGACCUUGGUGUUUUGAAAUGGAAAGUCGCCCCCAAGAAGCGCGAACUUGAGCCCUGCCCUAUUACUUUCACCAUCUGGAUCGACAAUGAUUCGUCCAAGUAUAAUAUUACUGUCGAAUAUGAACUUACAGGUGGCAGCUCUGUUGCUGAUGUUAGCGUGGUCAUUCCCUACCGGAGAAGCAAGCCUGUGGUCUCUAGCUCGGAUGCCUCUUAUAGUGCUGCUGGCAACGUACUAGAGUGGAGGAUUGGCACUGUCGACGAUGAAAACUCUCAGGGUUCUUUCGAGUUUGAGGCCGAGGCUGCUGACGAGGACGACUUCUUCCCCAUGAGUGUCAGAUUUAGCAAGGCUACAUCCACACCCCAUCAUAUUGAUGUCUCUUCUGUUUCGCUCGUCGAAGACGACGAAGAGGUGACGUUUUCCAAGGAAAUCAAGUCUAACCAGGCCAAAUCCGAAUCCGAAUAG